AUGGAAGAGGAGUUUUGGGGGCCUGAGGAGAGGAGACCUCAGACCUCUGGGGUGCACCUUCUACAGCAGCGACUUAUUUGGAGGCUACACAAGGGACAAGGAGACAGGAGCAGGAGAAGUAGCGGGAGGAGGAGGAGCAGGAGCAGGAGCAGGAGCCGCGUCCGUCCGGAGCAGCGGUUUGAUUUGUUGGGCGGCGCCCCCCGCUCCCUGGUCGGUGGUCGGUGGCCGGCGGUGGGUCCCGGGCGUCGGCGUCGGCGGCCCCCCCCCGGCCGCCCCUCGGCGCGGUCCACGCUGAAGUUCCUGGCGGUGCUCCUGGCCGCGGGGAUGCUGGCCUUCCUGGGUGCGGUCAUCUGCAUCAUCGCCAGCGUGCACCCCGCGGCCAGCCCGGGGGCCCCCCCACGACCGCCCCCCGGGACCGCCGGGGCCUCCGGGACCGCCGGGGCCUCCGGGCCCUCCGGGCCCCACGGCGCCCAGAACCGCUCCGGGACCCGCCACCGCGACCCCAACGCCCCGCCGGGCCCGACGCCCAGCCUGGGGGCCCUGCACGGGCCCGGGACCCCCAACCGGGACCAGGAGCAGGAGGAGGGGGAGCCCGGGGAGAAGGAGGAAGGGGGGACCCCCCCGCCCCUCUUCAGCCGCUUCCUCUGCACCCCGCUGGCCGCCGCCUGCCCCGGGGACAGCCCCACGGCCCCAGCGCCUCGGAGGCAGCGCGAGCUGCGGGCCCUGCAGGAGCUGCAGCAGCUGCAGGCGGUGCAGGAGUCGGUGCAGGAGUCGGUGCAGUCGGUGCAGGAGCUGCAGAGCGCGGCGGAGCAGCUGCGGCUGACGGCCCUGCAGCAGCGGGCGCGGAUCCGCGCCGACCAGGAGACCAUCCGCCAGCUGAGCGCCCAGCUGGGCCGCUGCCACAGCGGCCUGCUCCUCGACCGGGCCCUGCAGGACGCCGCCCCCGACUCCCCGCCCCCGGUCCACCUGCGAGCCCUCCAGGACGCCCUCACCCACCUCCAGGACCGCAUCCACAAGCUCGAGCAGGAACUCCCGCCCCACGGGAACUCCUCGUCCUCCGCGCCGCCUCACCAGCCCCGGGAUGCCCUCCACUCCAAGAUGGAGGAGUUGGAGGGCCAGCUCCUGGCCAAGAUCGAGGCCCUGGAGAAGGAACGCUCCUCCCUGAGCAGCAACAACCAUCAGCAACGCCAGGAGGUGGAGAAGGAGCUGAACGCCCUGCAGAACCGGGUGGCCGAGCUGGAGCACGAGGGCCCAGCCUUCAGCCCCCCGGAUGCCUUCAAGGUCAGUAUCCCCAUGCGGAACAACUACAUGUAUGCCCGUGUGCGCAAGACGCUUCCCGAACUCUACUCCUUCACCAUCUGCGUGUGGCUCCGUUCCAAGUCCGGCGGGUCGGGUCUGGGCACCCCCUUCUCUUACUCGGUGCCCGGGCAGGCCAAUGAGAUCGUGCUGCUGGAAUGGGGGAACAACCCCAUGGAACUGCUCAUCAACGAUAAGGUGGCGCAGCUGCCCCUGAACAUGAAGGAAGGAAUUUGGCAUCAUAUCUGCGUGGCCUGGACCACGCGGGACGGCCUGUGGUCAGCGUACCAGGACGGCGAGCUGCGCGGCUCAGGCGAGAACCUGGCCGCUUGGCAUCCCAUCAAGCCCCACGGGAUCAUGGUCCUGGGCCAGGAGCAGGACACCUUUGGCGGCCGGUUUGACGCCACCCAGGCUUUCGUGGGGGAGCUAUCCCAGUUCAACCUGUGGGACCACAUCCUGACCCCUGGCCAGGUCCUGGGCAUCGCCAACUGCACAGCUCCCCUCCUGGGCAACAUCGUCGCCUGGGACGACAAGGUGGUGGAGGCCAUUGGUGGGGCGACCAGGACGGCCUUUGACGCCUGCAGCAGGAGAGUCGAAGCCUGAGGGGAGCCGCCCUCCCCUCCUCCCACUUUCAGGGGGAUCCCUCAUCCACCUGGGGGAGUGGGAUGGAGGCGCCUUCCCCUCCCCUGAUCCCAUCUCCUUCCCAUCUCCCUCCAGGUGCCUGGGGUCACCCUCUCUCCCCCAACCUCCUUUUCCAAGCGUCUCAUGUCCUGUUUGUGGAGUGUGGGGAAGACCCCCGAACCUUAAAUCGGGCCCAAGGGCAGGGAGU